UGCAGGUGUAUGCAAAGUAAGGCAGGAAAAAGAGCUUUAUGCUUGGAAAGAAAUGGAGUGAAAAGGGCAUUUCCCUCAUUUUCAACCACGACCCUCAAUAUAAUUUGGAUAGCAUGAAGUUUUGUGGCUUAGUUGUGGUCUGUUUGCUGACGACAAUUACUUGGGCGGCAACGAUUGAUGAGAAUGAUGGAAAUUCCAUUGAAGAAACCGUUCGAAAUGUACCCUGCGGAGAUAAAAUCAACGAACAAGAUUUCGAAGACACUUUGGAGAGCUGUUUGCCAGAAGUGGAGAAAAGAAGGGCUUUGGAAGAAAAACUUUCAAAAUUAGGCAGGGUCAUCGACGACAGCAAACCAACAACGGAUCAGAGUUUGAUCAGAAGGAGGAUAACCGAUCCACACGUGCACCUUUGCGAAAUGGGGCAGCUAGUUUUGGAAGCAGCUACUAAUUCUUUCAUGAACAAUUUUGGACUAACGGAGGAAGAAACCAGGAGUUUGGCCGAUAGGGAAUUGGACGGACAGUACAGCAAGCAGGCGAGGGAUAAAUGCAAUAUGUGUUACGGAGAACCAAGUUGUGAUGAAACGUCUAUGUACCGAACGAUAAGUGGAACUUGCAACAACCUGCAGAAUCCGCUGUGGGGAAGUGCGAUGUCUUGCCAACAAAGAUUGUUGUAUCCGUCUUAUGUGGGUACAUCGGGAUUUCGUGUUUCUUAUAACGGCAACCCAUUGCCCGAACCUCGACAGCUCUCUUUAAACAUCCAUUCCCAUUUGAACCGACCGACGAAUUUCGUGACGCACAUGUACACAUUCUUUGGGCAGUUGUUAGAUCACGAUAUUGCUCUGACUCCUCAAAGCACAACAAUUGACAACCAAGCUAUUCAGUGCUGUCCAGAAAGUGAAGAUUCACAUCCACAGUGUGCUCCCAUCAGAAUCAACACCAACGAUCCUUUUUACUCUCGUUUUAACGUCAACUGUUUGAACUUCGUGAGAUCAGCAAUGUGUCCCACUUGCCAACUAGGAUACAGAGAGCAGAUGGAUCAAGUAACUUCGUUCAUUGAUGCUUCUUUCGUUUAUGGCAACACUUUGAACGAAACCAUGGGGCUUAGGAGAAAUGAUGGAACAGGGCGAUUGCGAGUCACUGAAAGUGCUUACGGCGAUCUUCUACCACCAAGUCCGAACCCAGAAAAUGAUCAGUGCAGUUUUCCUGAGACGAACGACAUUUGUUUUCUUACUGGUGACCCCAGGGCCAACCAGCACAACACACUAACUUCUCUGCAUACUAUCUUUGUGAGAGAACACAACAGACUCGCUAGUGAACUCAGAAUGGUCAAUCCCAACUGGGAUGAAGAAAGGCUCUUCCAAGAAGCAAGGAGGAUAGUCGGCGCUGAAAUGCAGGUGAUCACCUACAAAGAAUACCUUCCCAUAACGAUCGGUAAUGAUCGCAUGACUUACUUCAACCUGUGGUUGUCCAACCGAGGAUCAACCUACAACCCGAGACUCAAUCCCAGCAUGAUCAGCGAGUUCUCCACUGCCGCUUUUCGGUUUGGACACAGCCUUAUCCGAGACAUCGUGGCAGAUAAUCCUCUCAACGGGACGAACCAGCAAAGGUUUCUCAGAAAUGAGUUCUUCGCGCCUUUCGAGCUAAGGACGGGCCUCAUAUCUCCUCUUCUGAGCGGGACAUCAUACAGCCCAGCUCAGUGGUUUGACAGGAACCUUGUGCCGGAUGUAACGAAUUACUUGUACAGAAUCCGAAACGAAGCCACGGGUUUGGAUCUGGCAUCCUUCAACAUUCAGAGGGGCAGAGAUCACGGCAUGCCACCCUACGUCGAGGCUGUUCGAUAUUGUUCGACAGGCGAAAUUAUUCUGAGGAACUUCGACGAUUUGACCAGACAUCGGGUGAUGAGUUAUGCCAAUGCUCAGUUACUGAGAACAAAUUAUGCCCAUGUACAAGAUAUUGACCUCUGGACUGGAAUACUAAGCGAGACUUACAACGACGGAGCGGUGGUCGGACCUACAGGAAUCUGUAUCAUUGGAAUGAUGUUCAACAGGCUGAAGUAUGGAGAUCGAUUUUACUUCGAACACAGGAAUCAGCAAGGAUCAUUUACCUAUCAACAAUUACAAGAACUGCGGAAGGUGUCCUUGGCGAGAAUCAUCUGCUCUAAUACGGACAUUGCAAGGAUGCCUCUGAAUGCCAUGCUUUUCACGAGUAAAAACAAUCCAACAAUAUACUGCUCGAGAGUUAAAGGAGUGGAUCUUUCUUACUGGAGAGAUUACACCGAAAAGAAAUAGAAUGGAAACAAAUGAUACAAAUAAAAAAAUAAAGAACAACUUUAUUCACAUACGGGACUUGAUUUUUGAGAGAAAAUACAAACAAGCAACUUUAUUUACCCCGUAAUAUCAAGGAUCUACUAUUCACUUCUAUUCUUCAAUGUUUGUCAAAUAAAAAUAU